CCCGGCCCCUAGGUAGAUUUUGUCGUGUCCUUCACCAGACUACUCCGUCGUCUUCUUCCUUCUCUCCCAUAAAGAUAUCCCAAAAACCCAGAGGAAGAGAGAGAGAGAGAGAGAAUUAGAAAGCCCUAAUCUUUAAAAAGCUAGCUACAAAUCUCUCACUCGACGUUGAAUCAUGGUCGCCCCUGUUAAUCAUGUACCUCAAUCUCCAGAUGGGUUUUACGCAAUCAACAACCAGUUUCUAGAAAGUGGACCAAAAGGGUUGAUGGAGUUUAAGACGUUGGAGAACGACGACACCUUCAUCAGGUUUGAUCUUCCCGGUGUUCCACAAGAUGGUGUGAUAGUUUUCAUUGACGAGUCCAAGAAAGCUGUAACGAUCUACGCCUACGCACCGAAGGAGAACAUCCACGACGGCUCUCACCGGAUUUACGGUAUCACCUUUAAACCGAAAAUCAAAAUCGGCCGUACGAAGACUCAACUCGUCUGCAAAUGUCAUGACAUCUCCGGCUUCAUUUCCCACAUGUCCGAUGGUGUUCUCAGGCUUAUCCUCACCAAGACCCACAUUGCUACUCAAGGCCCUUGCUUCUUUAAUUAA